AAGCAUGCGCUUGCUGAGACCUCUCUCACCAUUUCAGCCAUCGUUCGUCGAUUUUCGAGGCCCUAUUUUCACGGUAUCAACAAGUGCGACGUGACUCCAAUUGAAGGCUGGCAUCCGUCUCUUAUUUGCUUUUUCGUGGUGGGGGCUCUUCCGGGCGAGAGUGACCGACUUUCGAGCUGCGCGUUGCGGAUAGUUCUUCAACCUCCCCUCGCUCCUCCCGAUCGGUUAGCCAGUUGUCUCUAAACAACUCUUGGGAUCUCUGGCUUAGAUUCCAGUGCAUCGCUCGCGCAUCAUUACAGCUACUGUUGUCACUGCUGCAUCACAGGUUUCUCGGAGCGAAAGGCUCUUUUAAUCUGCAGGAGCUGUCCUUGAUACCGCCGAUUACCCAUUAUCAUGAAUCCCUCAAGAGGCCGAGGGCUGGGACAACGAAGCCCCCAUGUCCUGGUAACCGACUCGCGCGAUCAACAAAUAUCCUCCCAACCCCGCCGCCGUCGCUCCCCCGCAACCCGCUUCAUCACCGUCGACAACGUCCUACAAUACACCUCCGACGUGCCCUCCAUGCAACAACGGUACGCUCCACAGGGCGCCCGGACGCGGCCCCGCUCCCGCAUCGCAUCAGCCGCCGGCGGACUGAUCGGGGCCGCGGCCGGCGGAGCGGGCUCCUCCAGCGGCGGCAGCAUCGGCGCAGCCAGCGGCAGUGCCGCGGCGGCCACGAUCCGACGCCUCGCCGCCCAACCGCGGCUGCCGCCCCGCACCACCAAGGUCAGCGAGAAGCUCGUCCUGCUCCCCGAAGCGGACGGGAGGCUGCCGGAAGACGACGAGGACGAAGGCGAGGAGGAGGACGAGGAGGCCGUGGACGAGGAGUUCGUGCAGCGCGUCGCCCGGGACAAGAACCUGGACCCCGAGGCGGUGCGGCAGACCCUCCUCGCGCAGAAGAAGAUGCGGCUGGACGGCGCGGACUUUGGCGUGGACAACGAUAUCGCGCCGCUGCUGGCGGACGAGGAGCUGCUGCGCAAGCGCAAGGUCGCGCCGGAGAAGGCCAAGAGCUACGCGGAGCGUUUGCCCAAGGCCCGUCGCGCCGAGAAGCUGGCGCGGGUGACGGCCUACUGCACGGCGCAGGCGUACAAGAUGAGCUCCUUGGCCUCGUUUGUGAAGGAGAGGCAUGGCGGCCGCACGAAGCUGUAUGACGAUUGUUUGUACACGGCGUAUCAUCUGCCGCUGUUGCCGGGCCUGGAUGGGUACAGGCUGAGGAGUAGCCCCAUGGUGAAGAAGCCGGGCGGGAAGUCGAUCCUGGACGAGGAGAUCGAGCGCAAUGAGUUGCGGGAUCAUCACGAGGAUUAUCUGGUGGAUGCGGAGGAGCAUUCGGUUGUUGGCGGACGUCAUGAGCACCGGUCGUCGCAUCAGCAGCACAGUGAGGCGCAGCGACACGGGGAUGAGGAAGAGCACCACCCGCAACAGGAGGAACAAGAGGAGCAUCGUUCCGUGCCUGGCUCCGAGGCGCAGCCCUUCAUGGGUGACGUUGAUGGCUCGGGUCAUCAAGCUCCAGCGGACGCGACGGCCGUGGCGGCACCAGCAGCCACACGUCUGCCGUAUAAUGUCGCGGAGAUGUUCGUGUUCAGCUACGGAGUAGUGGUGUUCUGGAAUUUCACCGAAAAACAGGAGAAGGAUCUCCUCGCCGAUUUGGCAUUUGCAACGUCGUCCGUGACCGGGUCUCCAAUCCCGUUGGCGACUUUGCCCCUGCAGGAGGAAGAUUUCGAGACGGAGGAGUUCCAUUUCGAGUACUCGACGGAGAUCUCUCGCCCGCGCGUUUACAACGACAUGAUCACUCUUCGCAGCGGCGACCACAUGAUCAAGUUGGCCAUCAGUCAUGGCAUCGCACAAAGCACCAAGCUCUGCUUCUUCGAAGAGGUUAUGGCUCGCCAGAUGGCCGAGGCCAAGGACGUCCCCCGCCGACUCGCCAUGACAGGCAACCUUGGCAUGAAACGAGAGGAAGUGUUCCGCAUUCUGGGCAGUUUGUUUAAAAGCCGUGUGGAAGUGAAUCUGUCAUCCAACGUUCUGGACGUUCCCAACUUCUUCUGGGAAAGCGAGCCGACCCUGUACCCCCUCUAUAUCGCUGUGCGCGAGUACCUCGAGAUCAAGCCUCGAAUUCAAGUUCUGAACGAGCGCUGUAAAGUCUUCCUUGACCUGGCGGAGAUUCUUUCCGACUCGAUUGCCGACAACAAAACCUCCCACCAAACAUGGAUCAUCAUCGUACUCAUCUGCGUCUCCAUCCUCGUCACCACCUUCGAAGUCUUCCUCCGAUUCGGGCUUCUCUCCUCCCGUGAAGGAGGUGCCUCAGCCACAGCUACCACACCUAUAAGCUCUCUCGCAGCCAAUGUCCUCGCCCGGGCCAUAGGUGGCAGCAGCAGCAGCAACCCCGCGUGCGCAUGCUCAUGUCCCGCUCAAUUGCCCGGUAACGGAUUGAUGAACACCACACCGCCAACCAUGGGAUCACCUUACUAGGAACUGGAGGAAGUCAGAAAAAGAAACCCCCCUCGUGUCUCCUAUCUACCUCUUCAAACCUUCUCGAUGCCUUUAGAUUAGCGCUCAGGAUCCCGACACUGAACUAAUCCUGCGAACCCGAUCCCGAAACCCCCUGCUUGACCAGUCAGUGAUCACGCUCUACCCACUUCCAAUUCCUGUACUCGGUCAUGUGACGCCAUCCCACCCCUUCGGUCCUCAAGGUACUCCUGGCCCAAGGACUGAACAAACACCACUGUACAUCCAGACAACGACCGAGUCAACCCCCCUCCUCCCAAAGCCAACACCUCACAUCCCAUUCAAGCACCCAGGCACCCAGGCACAUGGGGAAAGGAAGCACCAAACCAUCCUAAGAACUGUCCCUGUUCCCCUCCCCCCCUAGCCCUUCUCUCUUUUUUC